AUGCCGGCCGCUCCUUGCUGGGCCCUGGGAGGCAGCAGGCUCCCCCGGGGCGCCUCAGGCUUCGGGAGCGAGAGCAGUGGACGGUUCACAGCCCGUUACGAGGAUGUGUCAACCCUCGCUCGAAAGCAACACCUGAGGGGCGAAAAGGGAGGCCGAAGGUUGCACCAGAGCUGGUUCCCUGUCCGAUCCUCGCUGGUUGGCAAGGAGUUAGUCCUCAUAGAUGAUGUAGGACUGCAGCUUGAUGUGGUACCAAGAAAUUUGCAUCAGUUCCAGGCAAUUUUUACACUUCUGGUGAUUAUCAGUCUGACAAGUGUCAAAGUGCAGGGCAUAUUUCUGGAUUCUUCUCUGGCAAAUACAGUGUGGUACCAUGAUAAUCUUACCCGACAUGCAGCAGAAGCGCUACUGCUUUCCAACGGGCAGGAUGGAAGCUAUCUCUUGAGGAAGAGUAAUGAAAGGGAAGAUCUGUACUCACUUUCUGUAAGAGGAAAAGAUUCUGUGAAACACUUCCAUGUUGAACAUACAGGAACUUCAUUCAAAUUUGGAUUUAAUGAAUUUUCUAGCUUGAAGGAAUUAGUCAUGCAUUUUGCAAAUCAGCCUUUAAUUGGAAGCGAAACAGGAACAUUAAUUGUAUUGAAGCAUCCCUACCCACGGGAAGUGGAAGAACCUUCCAUUUAUGAGUCUGUCCGAGUUCACACGGCAAUGCAGACAGGAAGGACAGAAAGCGAUCUUGUCCCAAAUGCUCCCUCACUCGGUACAAAAGAAGGUUAUUUGAUAAAACAAGGCAAAAUAGUCAAGAAUUGGAAGACAAGGUGGUUUACACUGCAUAGGAAUGAACUUAAAUAUUUCAAAGACCAGACAGCCACAGAACCGAUUCGGGCACUUGACUUAACUGAAUGCUCAGCCGUGCAAUUUGACUAUUCCCAGGAAAGAGUCAAUUGUUUCUGUUUAGUGUUCCCACUAAGGACAUACUACCUGUGUGCGAAAACUGGAAUAGAAGCUGACGAGUGGAUUAAAAUACUGCGAUGGAAACUGUCACAAAUACGGAAGCAACUGGAGCAGCGUAACUCCACCCUCAGUUCCUAG